AUGCUGCGGAAGGAGAGGGAAAGGCCCGGGUGCAAGGAGUCCAAGGCUGAUGCGGCAGAACCAAGGUGGCCAAGGCUCCGCAGCGGCGUGGAGAAGCCUGAUUGGAGAGAAUCCGAUGCUAACACUGCCGCGCCCGACCGCGACAUGCUUUGCAGCGACGCUGCCGAGCCAAGCUGCGCGAAGUCCGGCGAAAGAGGCAACAAGCCAACACAACACAUGCCAGAGGCCGGAAAAGCCAAGCCGCCACGUGCAGAGCUGUGCAAAAAAGGCAGCACAUCCAGGUGGGUGAGGUCUGGAAUCGAUAGGCUUGCGUCAACGCGGAGACGCUGGAAGGGUGAGAAAGCAAGUCCUACUCGAGCAGGGCUCCUUAUGAGGAAGGAUGGGCCCAACUGCAAGGGGUCCAGAGCUGGCAAAGCCAAACCCAGACAAGAGGAGCUUUGCAGCAAUGAAGCGGAGUCGAAAUUACUGAAGUCCAGGAUCGAGGCCGGAAGACCAAAGCAAGUGCAUCCGAAAGCAGACGAACAUGGUUCUGGCCAGCCAUGGUGCUGCGAUGAUAUAGUAAAGCCCAGUUGCAAAGUGUCCAGAGUUGGCGCAGCUGCAUCCGAACGCGCAGGGGAUCGCAGGAGCACGAAAGACCCCAUCAACGUGGAAUCCAGCGCAGGUAGCAGUGCUCCCACUCUGCCCAUGCCAGAGAGAAACAUGACCAGCCCCAGUCUUGCGAAGCUGUGGGGAGGAAGGGCAAGGCCUGACUGCAGAAAGUCCGAGACGAGCAGCGCGGACCCCGGCCACACAGCGCUGCGUGUAGACGAGCUCGACCCUGAGUCCGCGGAGUCCAGCGCUGGCAGCGAAGGCCCCGGCCGUGCAGUGCCCAUGGCUGGCGACAUGAAACCAACCUUCACGAAGCUUCGAGCGAACGGAGGAAGCCCGGGCUGCAAGAAGUCCAGCGCAAAACAGGCGAAGCCCGUUUGCCCAAAGGAUCUGGCGGGCAAUAGCGGGCCCAAGUAA